AUGACGAAUCGAGGAGGUGGCGGAGGUGGAGAAUAUUUGUAUAAUGAGUUAUGGAAGUUAUGCGCGGGACCUUUGGUUGAUAUUCCUCAAGCUGGUGAAAGAGUGUUUUACUUUCCUCAAGGUCACAUGGAACAACUCGAAGCGUCAACACAACAAGACUUAAAUUCAGUGAAACCGCUUUUCGAUCUUCCUCCCAAGAUUCUCUGUAGUGUUAUGAACGUUCGUCUUCAGGCGGAGAAAGAAACGGACGAGGUCUAUGCCCAGAUUACUUUGAUCCCUGAAGGAACACAAGUUGAUGAACCUACGAGUCCUGAUCCUUCUCCUCCCGAGUUGCAGAGGCCUAAAGUUCACUCUUUCAGCAAGGUUUUGACUGCGUCUGAUACAAGCACACAUGGUGGAUUUUCUGUUUUACGGAAACAUGCGACGGAAUGUCUUCCUCCGCUGGAUAUGACCCAGCAAACCCCGACCCAGGAGUUAGUAGCCGAAGAUGUGCACGGUUAUCAGUGGAAAUUCAAGCAUAUUUUUAGAGGCCAGCCACGGAGGCAUCUUUUGACGACCGGGUGGAGCACCUUUGUUACAUCAAAGAGAUUGGUUGCUGGAGACACUUUUGUAUUCCUGAGAGGGGAGAACGGAGAGUUGCGGGUUGGAGUCAGACGUGCUAACCGACAACAGAGUAGUAUGCCUUCAUCUGUCAUAUCAAGUCAUAGCAUGCAUCUUGGAGUGCUUGCUACUGCAUACCAUGCUACUCAAACCCGAACUAUGUUCACCGUAUACUAUAAACCAAGAACAAGCCAGUUCAUCAUUAGCUUGAACAAAUAUCUCGAAGCCAUGAGCAAUAAGUUCUCUGUAGGGGUGAGAUUUAAGAUGCGGUUUGAGGGAGAUGAUUCCCCUGAAAGAAGUUUUUCUGGCACGGUUGUUGGCGUUAAAGACUGCUCCCCCCACUGGAAAGACUCAAUAUGGCGACGCCUAGAAGUUCAUUGGGAUGAGCCUGCAUCAAUUUCAAGACCUGAUCAGGUUUCACCAUGGGAAAUCGAGCCUUUUGUAGCUUCAGAAAAUGUUCCUCCGGCAGUUGUGUAUAAGAACAAAAGGUCCCGUCAAGUUAGUGAAGUAUCUGCACUUGAUGUAGGCAUAACAUGUUCAAACCUUUGGAGUUCCGCAUUAACGCAAUCCCGUGAGUUUGCACAAUCGUGCAUCACCUCACAGAGGAGUUCUCCUCAGCAACUUUAUCGUGAUGCAACUGAGGAUGCUAAGAAUCCUGAUUGGCUAAUGAGCUCUUACGCUGUGUCAAAUGUGUCAAAAGACUCAACCCUGAACGAUCAAAUGGUUUUCCCAGUCGAGCAGAAGAAACCCGAGACAACCGGUAAUUACAGAUUAUUUGGAAUUGAUCUGAUGAGUUCCUCUCUAGCGGCUUCCGAGGAGAAAACUGCACCCGUGCGACCCAUCAACAUAACCAAACCGUCUCCGGAUAGCAACUCAGACCCACAAUCCGAGAUUUCAAAAGUAUCAGAAGAGAAAAAGCAGGAACCUGCACAGCCAUCACCAAAAGAGGUCCAAAGCAAGCAAAGCAGUUCUACAAGAACCCGUACCAAGGUGCAGAUGCAAGGCGUACCCGUGGGCAGGGCUGUGGAUUUAACUGCGCUGAAUGGGUACAGUGAGCUUAUAGACGACCUUGAGAAGCUGUUUGAGAUAAAAGGUGAACUACGGAGUCGCAAUCAAUGGGAAAUAGUGUUCACAGACGAUGAAGGAGAUAUGAUGCUUGUCGGUGAUGACCCAUGGCCUGAGUUCUGUAACAUGGUGAAGAGAAUAUUCAUAUGGUCAAAAGAGGAAGUGAAGAAAAUGACGCCGGGGAACCAACUCCGGAUGCUGUUAACGGAAGUUGAAACAAUAUUAACAACAGUUUCCAAAACAGAUAACCACUCAAACUAA